CGCCGGCGAUGGCGGCGCGCGGCGUGCCCGCCGAGGCCUGCGUGGGACAGGUGGUGCUGCCGGGGGACGUGCUGCUCCUCCCCGGGCACCCCGACGAGGACGGGGAGCGGCUGCGGCUGGGCGCCAGCGCGGCCCCGCGGGGCCGGCUGCUCUGCGGGCCGGGCCUGAGGCGCAGCGCGGGCGGGCUGCUGGUCACCAAGUGCGGGCUGCUGCGGCACCGCCAGGCGGGCGGCGGCGCUACGGCGGGCGGCGCUUUCUGGGUGGACUCGCAGCAGAAGCGGUAUGUUCCAGUCAAGGGAGAUCAUGUAAUAGGAAUAGUGACGGCUAAAGCAGGAGACGUGUUCAAGGUAGAUGUGGGUGGAAGCGAGCAAGCAUCUCUGUCAUACUUGGCAUUUGAAGGGGCCACUAAAAGAAACAGGCCAAAUGUGCAGGUGGGAGAUCUUAUUUAUGGUCAGUUUCUUGUAGCAAAUAAAGACAUGGAACCAGAAAUGGUCUGUAUAGACAGCAGUGGAAGAGCAAGUGGAAUGGGAGUAAUUGGACAAGAUGGCUUCCUCUUUAAAGUUUCCUUAGGCCUAAUAAGAAAGCUUUUGGCUCCCAAAUGUGAAAUAAUUCAAGAGUUGUCACAGUUGUACCCUUUUGAGCUGGUGCUGGGAAUGAAUGGAAGAAUAUGGGUAAAAGCAAAAACAGUUCAACAGACUUUAAUUAUAGUAAAUAUUUUGGAAGCCUGCGAGUAUAUGACAGCAGAACAGAGGAAACAAGCACUUGCCAAACUGUCAGGGAACUGACUGAAGAAAACCUUGUUAUUUCAGAUAACUGUAGGGUGGGCUAUUUUUGUAUUCAGCUUUAUAUUAAAAUCCAUUUUUUAAAUGAAAUCCUAGAUGUCGCUGUUGUUGUUCUCUGGCUCCCUUUAUCUACUCACCCUGUUCUGCCUUAUUUACGAACUUUGCUUUUACCCACUUUUGAAAUUACAAAACCUUGUUCAUGGAUAUGAUUUUUUUUUUGACUGAUAUAGAGGCAGUUUCUGAAAACUUUCAAUAGUUGUGAAUUUUGAGGAGUAACUACCAAGACUUUCAUAAGAAAACAACUGGUCAAUUUAUAGACUGCAUGUAUUUGCUCUUACUAGAAUUAUUUUUAGUAAUAUUAAAACCUGAAACAAUGAGUACUUACUGACAAAGCUUUAAAGGAAGUCAAGCUGCUGAAUAUAAUCACUCUGCUGUUUGAUUCCAGUUGGAUAAGCUUCCUAAAAUGAUCGUUACUCUUCUCACUAUGUGUGAGAACAUCUGUGUGAGGACAGCUGAUGUGUCUAACUGACAGCUAUUUUUGGAGACUACCUGUAGGCAAGAGGGGCUAGACCAGACCUCACUGUCUGUGAAAAACUUGCAGAUGAAAUGGAACUGAACAGCAUAAGGGAUAGUCCCAGAACUCAAUGCAUUUUAACGAGGUCAAAUGGAGGGUGUUGCACCAAUCUAUUCCUAAUGUUUGUCUGUGAACUGCUCGUGUGGGUGAAACUGAUUUCAAAGGUCCUGUAGAUCCUUUAGUUUAUUCAGUGACUACUACACCCUGAUCUUACUUAAGAUUAAAUCUAAAAUCCUAUGUCUAGGAUGACUGUGGACAAACUGGUGCUUUUAUUUCCUGAGAAUCAAGAUGAGGUUGAACACAAGACAACGUCACAUGAAUACAUAUGGCCGUACAGCUUCCAAAGAAGAGACAACUUUUGCUUGGUCUAUUUGAAACCUAGGUCAGUCUGCCUCUUUGUAGGUACGCCUCUAGAAGCUAAUGAUACGAAAAGUUCAAGCUGUAUUUUUCUGUGUCCAUGUGCAUCCAGUCUUACUGGCAAAAUACAGAAAAGUCAUUUGUCUAACAACGCCCUUGAUCUAACGCUGAUCUAUAGAAGCAUGAUCCAACAAGAAAUAGAAAUAAUUAACUUCUGAAAAAAACAUGUAGGUUUGUCAUUCUGUACAUGAAAGUUUCGUAACAGUAAAAUCAUGUUUUAGCAUAGUUACUGAUACAGUAUAGGCUGGGUGAAUUAUGCACUGGCAUGCUACAGAAAAUUAACUAACUGAUAAACUGUUUGCAGAAUGAUACUCUUUAUAGCUGCUAUAUAGCUGAAUUAUAAAAACAGGCUCAGAGUGCUUUUUAAGAACAAUAUUGAAAACUUGAGAAUUGGAAAAUAAACUGUUGGUGCCUGAUGUUCUGUGAAAUGUUCUUUAGUGUGUGUCAAGGAUUUUAUUACCUUCUUCAGCAGGCAAGAUGCCUGAAUAACAUCUGAACAGGUAUGUGGAAAAAAAUUACAGAACAUGAUUUUCUCCAGAGGGAAACCCAGAAAAGUAAAGAAUUUAACUUCCUGUUCAGGUUUCCUGCCAAAAUCUCCGUGCUUUUCUAAAGAACUGACCAUGGUGGCAGCCUAAUGAAGUCAAACUGAUUGCUGCUGGGACUCCACUCACAACACAGUAGUUUUUCAGGGAAAGUGAGCAUGUCUAGAGACUUAAGCAGGAGAGGUUUGCUUCCAGUAUCUUCAUGAUGCAAAUUUUCUUAGAGUUCUGUGUCUAUUGGAAAUGCGCAUACAUUCAAGGGAUUUCGCUGUCUUACAAAAUUUAUAAGAAAAUACUCUUGGAUGACAUCCAGAUGUGCAGACUCACAUUUUUCUGCAUAAAGUUUUUUGUUACAAUGAGAAGAAAUGAAGCCAGAGCUGCUUCAGAGAUUAACUGCUCAUUGUUCUUGCUUGAUGCCUUGAUGCCGGGGCGCUGGAAGGCCAGCUGCCAGAUUGUUAGAGGUGUAACGUGCAGAAAUAUCAUUAAGAAAAAGGUUGGGUUUUUUUGUUUUGUGCUCUCACCAUGGCAACAAAAAUAAUGGCGCUGCAAUUCUACCAUUGCCAAAUGUUGACAGCCAAAGCCACUGUAAAAUUCAGAAGCAAGGAAUGUUGCCAGCCCACAGAAUUUAAGGUUUUAAUCACACGAUGGUGGACAACAAAAUUUGUCAAUCACAUGUUGCUGUCGUGAUGAUGUGAUGAUGUUUUUCAUAAAAUUGCUUUGUCACAGUGGCAAAGAUGCAUAUAUUUGAAUGCUGGGUUUCAAAACAGUGAGAAAGCCAUUUCAGUAUAUUAUGUUUAGUGUUUAUAAAAAGCAUUCUCGCACUAGGUAAGGAGACAGCUAAACUGGGGAUAGUGUUUUCUUUCCUCUGUUCUUUAUAUUUCCCAGGAGAAAAAUAAAGCGAUUAUUGGCAAGAAAA